CAGCAGCGCCCGCAGCAGCGCCCGCCCGCCGCCGCCGCAGCAGACAGAGAGUCUCUCUCCUACUCUGUUGCUGUGAGGCCGCCGUCGCGCCGUCACCGGUCUCCUAAUACGACACGUCCCGCGCGGAUAUCUCCACGGCACCUUCCACCACGCGCUGCAGGAUGCCUGUCGCUAAACGCCCUGCUCCCUCCGAGGGCGCGUCGCCGUCGCAGGCGCAAUCGCCAAAGCUGCCCAAGACCGAGCACCACGCCGCCGAGGACUUUUCACACACGGUCAAGAAGAAGCUGUCGGCCUCGACGCGAACCGGCCAGGCUUGCGACCGUUGCAAGGUUCGCAAGAUCCGCUGCGAUGGCCGUCCGGGCGGAUGCUCGCCGUGCAUUCAGAACAACACCGAGUGCAAGACGACGGACCGCAUCACCGGUCGCGCCACCAUCCGCGGCCACACCGAGGCCAUCGAGUAUGAGAAUGUGCAGUUGAAGCAGGCCCUCUACCAAAUGCAGGCCCAGCUCAAGGAAUUGGGUGUGGAGCCAAAAGUCAUACCUGCGGUCCAUAGCUACGCGCCCACUCCGCAGCCAGCGCAGAACGGCUGGCCCACGGCCACUGCCGAUGGUCACCUGUGGGGAUCUGCGCCCCCCGCGAACACCAACGCCAUGACCUAUCCACCUGCCAGCAGCGAGCCCACCUCGGCCAACGACAUCGACUCGACCCAGUUCCGCACCACAAACCUGCCCACCUUCCGCUCAGGCCUCAAUGGAGACAACUACCUGGGCGUCUCAUCGGCCAACUCGGUCCUCAGCCCCAUUAAGGGCACAUCACUUUCCUUUUACGGCAUGGAGAUCGACCUUGCCGAUUUCGUGCCUGACGAUGUUGAGGAUAUCAGCUCUCCUAUGUCCUAUCGCCAUUUUUUGGCCGUGGCCAUGAAUGCCUCGGACCGCCCGAAGCCCCACAAGGUCGAUCUGCCUAGCAGUCAUCAGGAAUGUGAAACCUAUGCCAGCUGGUACUUUCGCGGCCUGCAUCCCUACACGCCGGUUCUGUAUAAGCCACACUUUAUGGAUUUGCUGUCCAGGAUAUACUCCAAUGUGAAUCAUACCACUACCAUAGCAGAAACCGUCAUGGUGCAGAUGGUACUGGCGAUCAUCAAGUACCAGUUCGCGGCGCGUAACAACAAUCCAGAAGCACAGGAGCAGUCGAAUGCCCAUUUUCGAUGGUCCCUGAGUCACUUCUAUCAGCUACUCAGCGGUCACACUCUGGAGGACAUCCAAGCGCUGACCAUGAUCUGCCUGCAUCUUCGAAACUUCCCUAAGCCCGGUGCCGCUUGGAUGAUGUCAUCGUUGGUUCUCUCUGUAGCUGUGGAGAUGGGCCUUCACAGGUCUGCAAAGGCAUGGGCGGAAACGGCGCCCAAGAGAGAUAUUGUUGAGAUCGAGACGAGAAAGAGAGUAUUUUGGACGCUCCAUGCACUCCAUAUCACACUCAGUGGAAAGCUCGGCCGGCCAAUGCCUCUCCGCAUGGAAGAUAUCGACGUGGAGUUUCCUGAAGCUAUUCGUGACAAUUUGCCUUCGGAAGAGAGUCUCAGUGAAUUCCGGAAGUGUUCCUUUCACAUUGGUCUACAGGGUAUCAAGAUCGUGGCGCUUUCGUCGCAAAUGUACAGCAGUAUAUAUGCGGUACGACAGUUGCCCCAGUCUUACGAGCCCACUCUUCGAAGGCUAGAAGAGGAACAUCGAAGGUGGCGCGAACAAGUCCCUCCCGAGCUCAGAGAAGGCUCGCGUGUCGACGCGGAAGACCAUAUCUUUGCGUUGUACGUGCAGUUCUGGGACCAGGAGUUCUCUUUGAUGCUUCAUCAUCCGGCAUUGUCUCGGUCCAGCGACCAGAACCUGCUAAAGCGCAACAUGGACAUCUGUCUGGAGGCCAACUCCAAGAUGGUCAAGUUUCUGGACGAGAUCAGGCGCUACAAAAGUUUGGAUACUCCCUGGAUCAAUUGCACGGUCUACCUGGCAGCGAUCUUGACCCAACUGUUUGUCUACUCGCACCGCAAGGAUGAGAUAACGUCGUCGGAUCUCGCGAAUCUGAAGAUCGAGAUGGAAAUGUGGCUUCUGAUCAUGGAGGAAUGCGGUUCCAUUCUCGGUUCGGGGAAGCGUCUGGAAGAAGCUACCCGUGUUAUUAUCGACAAGGCGAUUGGGAACAUCAGCCGGCAUCUGGCGAAAAAGACGGCCUCCGCUGCCGCCGCUGUGGCCAAUGCAGCGUUGAAGCAAUCGCCAAGCACCUCCCCACGCCAGGAUGCGGCGCCCGCACCGCCACCGUAUCCGCCCGCAAAUGGCUAUGGCAACCAGUACAGUGGUGCUAUUAGCAACAAUGCUCCAGUUACCGAUCCCAGUAAACCCAGCUACAUGCCUCCUGACGAUCCCUCGAUGACACAAUCCUCGCACCCUUACCCUGCCGUUGCUGGCGCGCCGCAGUAUUCUCCUUACGCCAAUGGGCCACAUUCCAUGUCAACCUACCAGAACGGCGACGCUCAAUACUCCCAAUCUCCCUACGGUGUCCCAGGUUCUGACAUGACCGCUGCACAUGCCGCUGCAGCCGUUUCGGCUGGGACAACGCAGGAUAAUGGCAUGGCGUUUGCAUACCCACAGCCGCCACAUAGUGCUCCACCCCACCAGAACGCCAACCCGCAGAACCAAAGUGACGCGUGGCGCCAAUGGAUGAUGACGAACCUCGGCUCGCAAGAAUAUCAUCCGGCAAGCGCGUUGAUGGCUCUGGGUCACACCGGACCACACAGCGGACGGGACGGUAGCGUGUCUGGUGUUGGUGGGAUGAGCAACAGUCCCAUGGCAAACGGGGUGAGUGGCGCCUCUGGCCCGCAAGCGGGCACGGGCACCAUAGUGGAUAUGGAGGCUGCGGCCUCAGUUGGAAUGCAUCAGCAACACCAGCAGCACCAUCCACACCCAGCGGUGAGCGCGGCUGCAGUGGCACAGGCGGCCCAAGCACAAGGCCAGCUAUGGCCAUUGAUGGUGUUUGAUAUUGGACAGCAGAGUGCCGCUGGUACUGGACAGUGAAAGGGGUUGAAGAAGAACGUUUCGUCACUCGAGGAUGUGACAUGAAAACAUGCGAGCAUAGGAUUGUCCCAUGUCCCAGGUGCUGCGAGAUGCGGUGCGAGGUUUUGGAGUGAUUAUAUUCUCUGCCGGAGCCUGCUUCUCAGUUCAUACUGUAAAGACAGGCAGUUGUCGACUUUGUCCCACCGGUUUGCCGGGUGGUUUGGGUUUCGUUUUGAUUUCGUCUCGACUUUUACGACGGGGAUUUUGAUACCUACGGGUAAACUGGAAUGGCGCUUUUUUGUAUGAACCCUUUCCUUCUCUUCAUCUUCUUUUUCUUCUUCUCACUUCGUUGCGCCUCUCGUCUCGUCGUUGUCU